AUGGAAUGCAUGAAAGAUGAGUUCCACAAGGAUCAGCUUUUGGAUGGUCGCUUCAGAACCAUUGCUCCCCUCAAUCAUGGGUCCUUUGGCAUGGUCUUCCUGGCUGAGGACACUCUGACCAGGCAAAAUGUGGCCAUCAAGUGUUUGACCAAGCCUUCUGUUGCAAACAAAUCCACACAGGCACCAACCACGGACGAAGGCACAGAAGAGCUCGCGUGCCACGCAAUUCUGAAGCACCACGAUCAUCUGGUGAACCUGGUCCACCACUUUGAGACCGACGCUCACACCUACCUGGUUCUCGAAUACUGUUCUCAGGGCGACCUGUACGAAGCGAUCCGCCUCAAUCGAGGUCCCGCUGAGACCGAGAAUGUCCGACGUUUCAUGCUCCAGUUGAUCAGUGCCGUGCAGCACAUGCAUGCCAAUGGCCUCUAUCACCGGGACAUCAAGCCCGAGAACAUCUUUCUGACUCACGAUGGUGCUGUGAAACUUGGGGACUUUGGCCUGGCCACCAAGAGCCUGUGGUCUUACGAGUCUUGCGUCGGAAGCGACCGAUACAUGGCCCCGGAGCAAUACGAUCCUGCUGGCACGGGUUACUCACCAGCAAAGGCAGAUAUCUGGUCCAUCGGUAUCUGCCUGCUCAAUGUUCUUUUUGCUAGGAAUCCCUUUGUUACGCCAACGGAAUCGGACGUUCUCUUUGCCGACUAUCGUCGAGACCGCCAGUCUCUAUUCGACAUCUUCCCCAGCAUGUCGCAGGAUACUUUUGAGAUCCUGUCUGUGGCCAUGGCUUUGGACCCUGCCAAACGGGACUUAGGAGCUGUGAAACAAGCCGUGCUCCGUGCCAUUGCCUUCACCACCGAGGAUGAGUCGUUUGACGACUUUUUCUGUUCCGAGGAACGUGAUGUUGUUCGGGCCAGUGCCAAUCGCGAGCCUCUGCGAACCCCGUCAAUUCAAAGUCCUCAGAUGGAUGGAGACUCGUUCCCUUGGGCCAAGGCAUUGCAUGCCAGUCCUUUACCCAAGCAACAAUUGGACUCUAUCCCCGACUUGUACGAGGAGGACCUUUUCGAGUCGGACAAGAGCCUCAAGCUCGGGGAGUCCUGGUACAGCUCUGGCCACGGCACUACGCCUUCCCUGACAUCUAUAUUUGACUCAGCAUAUGGUUCCUUCAAGUCCUUAACUCUUCGGCGUUCUGCUGCCCGCAACCCUCCGCAGCCAGACCCAGUCCCUAUCCCCAACUCGUUACCAUCCCGCGCCUCUCGACCCAUUCCUGCCAUGUCUUCAAUCUUUGGAAAGAAGAAAGACGACACGGUGGCCAAGAGUUGGAGUGAUAUGUUCGAGGAAGACGAGGAAGAGUCGGAACGUGAGGCCGAGCUGAAGUUGCGACGUGAGCAGAACGCUCGAAGCUGGAGUCAGGACAGUCAAAAGCGUCUCCCGGUACCUCCUGGUGUGCUCACCGAGUCCAAGAGCCGCUCUUCCAGUAAUGCACGUCGCAGCCGCACGCCGAAACCUUUGUCGCCGACCAAGACGAGCCACGGGGCGAAUGAGAACGAUCCUUUUGCGUGGCGCGCACGAACACCUCGGCAUUCGCCCAAACAGGUGAUUGCUGUGGACAAGUGGGCAGCAUUGGGCGACAAGAGACGGAACUACCAGGCUGAGUCGGAGACACAGACGUGGACUUGCAAGAAACGAUCUUUGACGAUGGGAUCACGCAAGAAGCCUACGAACGGAUUUGGAUAUGAUCCCCAUCCCCAUCCCCAUCCCCAACCCUGGCAUCGCCGUGACAGCCGGCCCAAGGCGCGUCCGGCGUACCUAGAUCAAGAUUGGCGGCAACAGCGGGUGACGGAUUCAUCCUCGACAGACGAGGAUGAACUUGAGUGGGUUGGAGGUUGGCACAACUUCCAUUUGUAA